CAUCAGCAAAGUUUAGCUAAGAGCUACCAUCUACAUCAGCAAAGUUUUGUUAGGAGCUACCAUCGACUGCAGCAAAGUUUAGCUAGGAGCUACCAUCCACCACAACCAACGUCCCAGCAGUCAAAGUUUCACCUAAGAUGCAGCUGAUGCUGACAAGAUCCCACAGACGGGCCAGUUUUGGACUUGUGUUUUUCAGUAGCCUGACUUUCUUCCUACUCGGGGCAAACCGUUUCAAUCGGCUCAACAAAGAUUUGCACUGGACUUCAGAGGGGACAGAGUCUGGUGUCAACAUCAAUGGAAAUGACGUCAUCGUAGCGCUUCACAUCCCUAGAACAGGCAUGAGUAUAGUCUCUAACCACAUCAUCACAGCCAGCAGCAUACCCUGCACCUGCAGGGGCAACAUGACCAAGUGCAGGUGUCUGAACAGGCAGGGAGACCACUGGUUCUUCCACUCCUACAACAGCACGGGUUAUGUGUGCGGGCAGACAACCGACUUCACCACGCUGACUAGCUGUGACGUCGACCACUGGUACAAAACAAGUGGACAUGAUAGCCGUCCGUACCGCAGGUACCACAUGUUCACCAUACUUCGAGAACCGUUGACCAGGUACAUCAGCGAGUGGAUGUUCACACGGAAUGAGGACACCUUCUUUAAGAACGAGCCUCGAAUCUUCCGGAACACGAGCCUGGAGCUGCAGAAGAAAGGACUUGCCUGUUGGGUUGGCAUCAAGCUAUCGUCCUUGACAUUCUUAGAUUUUCUUAACUGCAGGGACAACCCAGCCAACAACCGACAGACGAGGAUGCUGGCCAACCUAACCAUGGUUGACGCCUUAGGUUUUUCUGGAGACGCCUAUGACGAGGCGCUGUUGGAGAGCGCCAAAAGAAAUCUGCAACGAUUGGCCGUCUUUGGUAUACUCAGUCGCAUCGAGGACACGAUGGAGCUUUUAGAGGCGGAGCUUGGCCUCCACUUCCUGUCGCCCAUCCAUGUACCCAACGCUAUGAGUCGGGCCGACACGCCUUCACACCUGCGAGCCAAGAUGGCCGCCGUCAACAGUCUCGACAUGCGACUUUAUAACUUCGCUGUGGAGCUCUUCAACACAAGGAUUCAUCAGCUGCGUUAUAGCAGGAAGUCACUCAGGCGUAACGCUGGUACAUCUGUGAGGCAUGACGACGGGAAGGCAGAGUGAACAGUUUAUCUAGAGAACACACAACUUUCUAGACAACACACGACAGCAACUUUCUAGAGAACACACAACUUUCGAGAGAACACACAACUUUCUAGAGAACACACAACUUUCUAGAGAACACACAACUUUCUAGAGAACACACAACUUUCGAGAGAACACACAACUUUCUAGAGAACACACAACUUUCUAGAGAACACACAACUUUCUAGAGAACACACAACUUUCUAGAGAACACACAACUUUCUAGAGAACACACAACUUUCUAGAGAACACACAACUUUCUAGAGAACACACAACUUUCUAGAGAACACACAACUUUCGAGAGAACACACAACUUUCUAGAGAACACACAACUUUCUAGAGAACACACAACUUUCUAGAGAACACACAACUUUCUAGAGAACACACAACUUUCUAGAGAACACACAACUUUCUAGAGAACACACAACUUUCUAGAGAACACACAACUUUCUAGAGAACACACAACUUUCGAGAGAACACACAACUUUCUAGAAAACACACAACUUUCUAGAGAACACACGACAGCAGCUUUCUAGAGAACACACGACAGCAACUUUCUAGAGAACACACGACAGCAACUUUCUAGCGAACACACGACAGCAACUUUCUUAGAACAACUAACAACGCUGGAUAAUUCGCUAUCCCGUCCCACUGUGUGUGGACGGACACAUUGCAAAUAGAAGAAAUGUUGGGAAGUGAAGGAUGAACCAAGAUUUCUAAUACGUUAAAACAGGAGGAAUCUUUGUGUGGUUGAGAAAGAGUGUAAGAGAGAGAGAG